GGAAGAGAUGGGCCAAUCAACCCAUAAGCAACCCAGAGCUAUAAAAGCAGGAAUGGAAGAUGGCGGCCUGGUUUGGCUAUUGACACUUGCGGUCCUGUGCAGCUGGAGACGUUGGCAAAAAAUAGCCAGAGAGGCAGCCGGUUUUACACCUAAUGGAAAAUGGGUUCCACAAUCUUCAAAUAAAAAAGAGAAAAGGAAACUCUUUGUUCAUUCAAGUGAAUCCCAUUCUGCUCUGGGCUAACGCCACAUCCUUUUUCAAGUUGGGAGCUGCACGGGGACUGAAAGCAGAAACUUAACAAAAGUCUUCUUUCAACAGAUGGCCUGCAGUUUGGAGCUUGCGGUUUUGUGUGGAUUAUUUUGACGUUUAUAUCGUUUGGAUAGUCCUCGUCAAUAUUCACAUUGACUCGGAUGCACAAGGAUAAGAACGCCGAGGUGACGGACAGACUGGAAUAAAGCCAAGGCACCGUGUGUGUAUAUUUAUUUAUUUUAUUUAUUUAUUUUUGGAAUUGACUCUGCACGAUGAUUCAGUGCGCCAACUGCGAAAAACCAAUUGUAGACCGGUUCUUGCUGAAAGUUUUGGACCGACCGUGGCACGUCCAGUGUGUGCAGUGCUGCGAAUGCAAGUGCACGUUGACUGAAAAGUGUUUUUCGCGUGAAGGGAGACUCUACUGCAAGAAUGACUUCUUUAGGAGAUUUGGGACCAAGUGUGGCGGUUGCUCCCAGGGGAUUCUGCCCAGUGAUCUCGUCCGGAGGGCCAAGAGCAAAGUCUUCCACCUCAACUGCUUCACAUGCGUCAUGUGCAACAAGCAGUUGUCCACCGGCGAGGAGCUCUACAUCUUGGACGAAUUCAAGUUCGUUUGCAAGGAGGACUACAACAAUAACAACGGCAAGGACGGCAUUCACCUCUCAGUGACGACGUGUAGCGAGCCCAGUUUAUCUCCGGACUCCCAGGACCUGCAGCAGGAUGACUGCAAGGACUCGGAAGCGGGUCACUUAUCCGACAAAGACGUUUGCCCCAACGAGAACGACGAGCAAGGCGCCGUGGGGAAGAGACGCGGGCCUCGGACCACCAUCAAGGCCAAGCAGCUGGAAACCCUAAAAGCGGCUUUCGCGGCCACACCGAAGCCCACCAGACACAUCCGAGAGCAACUAUCGCGGGAGACUGGCCUUAACAUGAGAGUCAUCCAGGUAUGGUUCCAAAACCGGAGAUCCAAAGAGAGGCGCAUGAAGCAACUGAGCGCUCUCAGUGCCCGGAGGCACAUGUUCUUCCGCAGCCCGAGAAGGAUGCGCGCUCUGGGGGAGCGCUUGGACACCGCAGAUCUCGGACAUUUCUCCUACUAUGGAGAUUAUCCCGGCGAAUUUUACGGCCCAGGCGGGAAUUACGAGUACUACCAAGGUCCCCCGUCAUCCCAGGCGCAGACCCCAGCAGACUUGGGCUUCGUGCCCUCGGCGAUCCCCUCCGGAACCCCCCUUGGGGCCAUCGAGCACCGCCACCCCGGGCACCACUGCCCCGGAGAGGUGCAGUGUUACCCCGACGCGGUACCCCACCAUCCGGUGAAUUCGCCCAGCCCCGAGCCUAACGGACCGGGCUCCAUGCACAGCAUCUCCAGUGAGAUGUGUGGGCCCGGCACGCCUUUCGCCGCCAUAACGCUCGGAGACAACGGAUACAGUAACCAACUGUCGCAGCCCUCGUCCGAGGUGAGCGAAGGAACUGUGUGGUAACAUUUUGAAGGCUUAUUUAUUUAUUUAUUGAUCUAUUUAUUUAUGUAUUUAUUUCUUUUUCAUUAGCACAUCAAAUCUAUUCUUUAAUGUGAUUCUGUUUGUCUACAACCAAUUGUAAUUCAAAUGAGACUCAUAUGUACUGAAUAGUGCUGAACUUCUUUUGUAGAGCACUAAACACAUUCAUAUACGAUUAUGUUUGACGCCGUACAUAGCUUUUCUGCAUAUUCGUCCAUCCAUGGCCUUUUCUACUUCAAAUCACCUUUCAGUAUUUAACAAACAAAAAAAGGGUCUCGACAGUUCAUGGUGAAUACAAGGUUUUCGAUUGUAAUUGUCAAAUUCAUUGCAUUUGACCAAAAAGCUCUCUCAGGACUGUGUAAGCUUUGCUUUUGAAAUUUCAUCUGUCAGCUGUGUCAAAACGAGUUUGCCUUCAAAAGGAUGAGACGUCUGAAAGAACGCAUUUGUAUCAAAACUCAUGGCGCUUUAUGAAGACGAUGAGUUUGAGAUUAUACGGUGGUAUGAAAAAGUAUCCGAACCUUUUGGAAUUUCUCACAUUUCUGCAUAAAAUCCCCAUCAAAUGUGAUUUGAUCUUUGUCAAAAUCACACAGAUGUGAAAAC